AUGGCAGCAUCCCACUGGGUCUUCCCACCUCCAACGACCAGAGCAACCUUCUUCGAAACCUCUAUUCUGAACACAAACUUGGCCAUCUUCCUCAACGCGUCAACCUCGGAAUGGCCAUCCACCGGCUUUGGGCGCACAGCAACCUUCGACUACGACGCCAUAAGACUAGAAUGGCCUUCUUCCAGUAAUCCAUCAACACGGAACUGGCACUGCCUACCAUGCCGUCAGCUCUCCUCAUCAAAUUCUGAGUCUGCAAACUGGGAAGCCUGCAGAUAUCCCAGCGCAGACACUCUCCCAGAACUCCUUACCAUCUCUGUCCCGAUGGGAGAACAGAGAGACAACUACUUUACUUGGAAUAUCAACUCUGACUCUUCGCUCCCACGCGAAACCCGCACGGAUGCCUUGAUGUGUACCUUUGGUACUCCCAGUGACAACGGACCUUACUAUAUCACCCAGCCCUUCCGCUUCAUCCACGCAGACCGCCAGCAAUCCACGGGGGAGAAUUCCUACAUUUUCAACACCACCGUUCCAGAAGGUGCUGAAUCUGACAGAGAACGCAAUGAUUAUCCCUAUCAUAGACGGUGGAGGUGGUCGACUGACGCUGUAGCUGGCGCCAUUUUCGCCGCAAUCCUUGGGCUCAUUUUGGUGCUGGCUGGGCUCCUGUACUGUCUCAGUCGCAAGAAGAAGCAGAGGAAGGCUCAGGAAGCCAUGCUUGCAGAUUCAAACUCAUCAAACUCGGCGCGUGAUGCAGGUGCGGCUGAAAGCGGUAUAGCCGGCGUGAGUUCCAAGGAGAAGAAUGAGCAGAGGGCAGAAGGGGAGCCGGAGGAGGAAGGACUACCAAGGUAUGAAGGACCACCUGGCUAUGCCGAGGCUACGAGUUCUUCUGCCUCUGCAACGUCCGUUGAGGCCACGACUUCUACUGGGCCUUCAAAGUAG